GUGUCAAAAUGUGAAGCUGCAAAAAUUGUGGCUGCCAAAUUUGUGAAGUUGUCACUUUUGCGAGUGCGAACGCUGGAGCGAGACCCCCCUAUUCUGCACUGCGUUGUGGUGUUUAAUUUUUCCCUUCACUUUCGCCGUUACGCCAACCGUUUGUUAAAAGACAACCGUUUCUUCUUAAGGGAGCACAUAUCUUCUCUCUUUCGACUAGCCACACGUUACCACCUGGUUUUUCUCCUCCCCCGCAAAAUGAAUAAUGGACACCUUUUCAUCCUGCUGGCAAUAUUGACGACGUGGGGAAGCAACCCCCAUUUCAGCCGCACUGCUGAGAUUGAGAAUGACAAAACGGAGAGCGCAGUAAGCUCAAGUGGGAUUUUAAAAAACGUCGUGAAACAUGCCCCCAAAGUGAGUUCCAAAGAAAUAGAGGACAGCGAAAUAAGGAUAGCCAAAAUGGCACACGAAGAGGAAAACAAAAAGUUGCAAAAAAUGGGAAAGUGUGCAAAAGAUUAUACAUUACCUUGCCCAAAAUUUUGGAAAAAAAAAAUUAUGAACAAGUCAGAAAAUAUUUGCAUAGCUAGCUCGACGUACAACGGAUUUUGCAACCCCAGUCAAUCCUUCGACAAUUUUACACAAAAUGAAAAGAUAAAAUUUGAAACAAGUUGCAACGUCGAAUGGGGAUGCAAAAAUGUCGUGACAGAUGCAUGCGAAAGUGGGAAAAGAAAUUACAACGAGCCAUGUCCUGAGGGUUUCAUCUCCCAAAAUGAUAACACUUGUGCGGCUGACCUGACCGUGUAUGAUGGCCUCUGCAAUGGAGAGAAGAUAGACUUUACCCAUCUCACCAGCGAGGAAAAACAAAACUGGAGUGUUGCCUGCGAAGCGUAUUGGCCCUGUUACGUCAACUGUGAAGCUCUCUCCGUGUGUCCUUCCAAGUGGAAGCAAAUAAAUUCUUACGAGUGUGCCCCUCCUCGUAGUUACAACGGGCCAUGCAAAGACACCAAGAAUUUUAAAUUUUUUAAUGAACGCAUGAAAAUCAAAUUUGAGGACAAAUGCAAAGUUACUUUUGCGUGCACAGAAUUGUGUGAAAAAAAUUAUCUGCAGGAGUGCCCCUUACAUUGGGGGGAAAAAAAUGGCUACUGUUUGGCUCCACCAUCUUUCAACUUGUGCGAAAGGAAAAAAUUUCCCUAUAGGAACUUAACGCAGGAUGAGAAGAAGCAGUUCGAGGAGGAGUGCUCCGUUCAGUGGCCUUGUCGAGAGAGCCCCUUUUGCGAAAUGGACUGGGCCGCUGAGUGCCCCCUGAACUGGGUGAAGGAGACUCCCCGGGAAGGUGCCAAUCGGCAAGGUGGUAACCAGCAAGGCGACGAAUACAUCUGCACUGCCGACUCAUCCCUGUACAGCGGGAAGUGUGCCUUUAUUUCCCUCCCGAAUGGCGCCGACGAAGAGGCCAAGCGGGAGUUGGCUUCCACGUGCGACACCCCCUGGCCGUGCUCUUCUGCAGGAGCCGCUUCCGACGCCGCUUCCAACGCCGCUGCCGAAGGAGGUCCUCUUCCCCCGUCGGAUCGCAAGAGAGGAGAACGGCGCGGCCGCGCGACCACCAACGGCCCCGUCACUCUCAAGGGCGGCGUGCGCGCCAGCGCUGGGCCCGCCUAUCGCGUGGUCGACGAUCAGGGGGACUUGCCCCUCGCGGAUAUUAUGCGCUGA